UAAACCUCCUUAAAUCUUUUGUAGACUCUGCCUCUACCCUUUCAACUUAAACAUACACCUUAUCUCCAAACACAAUCGACCUCAGCCAUGAAGGCUAUUAGAGGGUCGUUGUUGGCCUCAGGGCUGAUUGCCAGCAAUGCUGUCCACGCUACCACACCCAAGUAUUGUCCCACCGGUGCCGACAAUGUCUGCUUUCGGUUUGGCAUCCCCCAAUCAUCAGCGGACUCAGGGUCCGGCAACAUCUAUUUCCAAAUCCGAGCACCAUCGACAUACUCAUGGGUAGCACUUGGCACGGGCGAUCAAAUGAAAGGGGCCAACAUAUUCGUUAUGUACCAAGAUGGGUCGGGUAACCUAACGUUAUCACCCCGUCUGGGCACCGGGCACUCGGAGCCAAAGGAGGACACCAGUUCGUCGGCGGCAAAGUUAGGACUGCUCGCGGGCAGCGGAGUGGUAAAUGGCGUCAUGACUGCCAACGUGGUCUGCCCAAACUGUGAAAGUUGGAACGGAGGCUCGCUCAGCCUGACGGACACUGCGUCGAAAUGGAUUGCUGCGUGGAAGUCGGGAUCCUCUCUGGCGACCACGAGCAAGAGCGCAAGCAUCAGUCAGCAUGAUGACCAUGACCAGUUCCAACUCGAUCUCACCCAGGCGACGGUUUCUUCCGACAGCAACCCCUUCCUCGAGGCAGACACCGAAGAUCCGGGAAGCGGAAGCGGAGGUGGAAGCACCGGGGGCGGAGGAGGUGGCAGCGACGAUCCUGGAGUUGUUGCAGGACCUGGCAAUCCAUUCGCGCCUGGCGUUGGCCGUACGCGCAGGAAUGCGGCUUUGGUUGCACACUCUGUUAUCAUGACGGCCACCUUUGCGGCUCUUUACCCUCUGGGUGCGAUGCUCAUGCCUCUGACCGGCAGUUGGAUUGCCCACGCAAUUUGGCAAACAGUUGCCUUCGUAAUGAUGUGGGUUGGCUUCGGCAUCGGUAUGCGUGUUGCGCAGGACCGGAAUAUGCUCUUCAACAACACACACACCAAGCUCGGAACAGCCGUCGUAUUCCUCCUCCUCAUCCAGCCAGUUCUCGGAGUCAUGCACCACAAGUACUUCCUAAAGUAUCGCGAACGCGGUGUGGUCAGCUAUGCUCACAUCUGGUGGGGUCGUAUUCUCCUUACGACGGCCAUCGUCAACGGUGGUCUUGGUCUCAAGCUCAGUAAUGCGAACAAUUCGGCCGUCGUUGCCUAUAGUAUCAUUGCUGCGGUCUGUUUUGGUAUCUACGCCAUCGUCAAGUCAUGGGCAGUCGUUCGCCGCGGCCGUCAGCAGGGCCCUCAUUUACGCAAGAGUGACAACUUCACUCAUCAACAGCGAUAUCCAGUUGGUCGACAACCAUAUAGGCCAAGGAACCGGGUAUAAGCGAUGGAAGGUGCAGCAGGAAAAGGUGCAAUCAUGGUAGGAUUCGCAUGAAGAGAGGCAGCUGAAGAUAGUCGGCGGUUGUUUUCCGUGUUGGCUUGAUGAACAUGCGAUGAUUUG